AUGAUGAAAAAUGUAGAAGAAAAAAAUGAAACAGGAUUAGACAAAAAUAAAUCAGCAUGCCCACUAACUUCACGAAAUUCAGAAUUUUUCUCAAUAAAAGAAAAUGAAAUUAACAAACGAAAUAUGAUGCCAAAUAUACCUAAUCAUUCAUUAAACAUUGAAAAAGAUGAUAAUAUAAAAUUAAAUAAAAAAAGGGAUAUUUCAUCAAUCCCUAAAAAUGAUAAUGAAUAUUGGUUAUAUCCAUCUCCUCAACAAUUUUAUAAUUCAUUAAUAAGAAAAAAUAAAGAUAUUGAUAAAGUUGAUGUUGAUGCAGUUGUAAGUAUACACAAUGAUGUUAAUGAAGAGUCGUGGAAAAGUAUAUUAAAAUAUGAGCACAUGCAUAAAAAAAAAUGUGAUAAAGUGACUUUACAACGAUUUUGUGGCAAGUUUGAUGAUCUAUCGUUUAAGGCAAAGUUUAGAAGCACUUUUUCAAGAUUAGGAAAACCAUUUGAUAGACAUGAUUGGUAUAUAGACAGGUGUGGGGAAGAAGUAAAAUAUAUUUUGGAUUACUAUAAUGAUGAAUCAAUAAAUGACGAUAAGAAUAUAUAUAUCGAUGUAAGACCGGCUAUGAGAAACUUGUCGACCAUUUGGGACCGGAUUCGAUACCCUUUUUAUGAGCUUUAUUUUAAGCACAUCAAAAAAGAUAAACUCUUUAGAUAG